AUGGAUCCAAGAAAUAUUUAUACGCAGUCCUCUAGCUACUUCCCUUUCCAUUCUAAUGUUCACUUAGGAGAAUCCGAGAACCCUCCUUUCAGUUCUCACCCAUCUGAAGACACACCCGUAGGCACACCAGUAGGCACACCCGUGGACCGUGUUGCUCGACGUAAAUGGACCCCGACUGAUGACGAGGUCCUAAUCAGUGCGUGGCUCAACACUUCCAAGGAUGCUGUAGUUGGAAAUCAGCAGAAGUCACUCACCUUCUGGCAACGUGUUGCUGAGUAUUACACAACAAGUCCUCACGGAGUAGGGGAUGGUGAAAAGAGAGAGCAUCUUCAUUGUAAGAAGAGGUGGGCUAGGAUAAACGAUCACGUGAACAAGUUCUGCGGCGCUUAUGCCACAGCAGAGAGGCAAAUUAGCAGUGGUGAGAGUGACACUGAUAAAUGGCUCAGCCUCAACACACCAAAAGGAAGCUCAAAGAGGAAAAAUGGUGAAACACCAUCUGAAACGUCAACCAACGAGAAUGGUGAUCAUGAGACCCGGCCUGAAGGUAUCAAGGCUGCUAAAUCGAAAAGGAACACUGGUCAAGGGAAGUCUGUUGCUGAGUACACCACCCUAUGA